AUGACUUCUUAUAUGCAGUCCUCCUUUAGUAUUCAAACUAAAGCCAACUUUGAUUUUUUGCAACAACCUAGUGAUUCUGAUUCGGAUAGCGAAUCAAAACAAUUUAUAAAAGGAGCCUAAUAAUAAAAUUAGGAGAGAGAUUUAAAAAAAUAAAAGAAACUGAUUGAUAUAGAAUCAAUUAAAAGCGAGUUAGGGAUUAGACCAAUUACGGAGAAUACAAAUCCUGAAAAUUAUUACCGUAGAUAUUCUAGGAAAAGUAUUGGGACAAUAACAAAUAUGAUAAUACCAACAUCAUCUGUUCUGAUUGAAUAAUUAAGUUAACUUAAAAAGAUAAAGGAAAUAAGAAAAGAAGUGCCUCCUGAAUUGCUAGGCCGCAUUUAUUCUGAAUUUAGGUAUAAGAUGGAAUUCAAUUAGGUUUCAAUCAGUGCCUCAAUUGAAUCCAGUUUAUAGACAGGGAGAUCAAAAUAAACGAUUUUAUAUAAUAUUGGAAGGGAAGGUGGUAGUGAUGAAGCCAAAAGAGAAAAUGGUUGGAUCUAAUAAGUUGGAUUACUACGAUAAUUAAACAUCAAAACCUGCGAAAAAGACUGAGCAGGAUCCCUACGGAUUGAAUAAUGUAUUCCCUGACUACAUUAUAGUGAAAGUACUAUUUUAAGGAGAGUAUGUAAAUAAAGAGCUAUUAAAGUUCGUUUGGAGAGGCAGCUAUUAAGUUGGACACGGCAAGGUCAUCGACUGUUUAUGCAUUAGAAUAGACUCACUUAAUAUACUUAAGUGAAAUGGCAUAUUUAGAAUUGAUUAACCCUUAUAUGAGUGCUGCAUUAGAUAAUAAAAUCAAUUACUUUUCCAAAACUCCCCUAUUUUAGUUUAUUGAACCUUAAGAAUUCAUGGGCAUAAUUUUGGAAUGUAAGAUGAUAACCUAUCAUGCUGGUGAAAUGUUGUUUAAGGAAGACGAUAAAGCAACUCAUAUCUAUUUUAUUAUUGAUGGAGAAAUUGAAUUGUCUAAGAAAGUGGGAGAAAAACGAAUAAUUUUAUCAUCAUACGGAUAAUAUUAAGGAUUCGGAGAGGUGGAAAUUAUGAUAAAGAUCUCUAGAUUCACACAAGCCAAAGUUAUUACUCCAAAAUUACACGUCUAUAGAAUCAGAAAGAGAUAAUUCUUUGAUAACUUAGGUAAUUAUCAAAUUUUUGAAACUAUGAAAAAGAAUUCAAAUAUUAUAUAUAGACAUUGGUAAAAUAGAUGUGAAGCUGCAUAAUAGACAAUUCAUCAAUAAGAUGAAGUACAUUAUAUUAUUAUUAUCAGAUCUAUAAGGCUGCUUAGGAUGUCUAAUAAAAUAAACCAAAUUUUAAGGCUAAGCAUAUUCUUAAUAAGAAAUUGGUGGAAUCAUAAGGAUAGAAGUUGUCAUAAGUGAAAUUGUUGUAGAACAUAACAGAUGAAGAUUUAAGGAAUAUCAAAAUAGUUAAUACUCAAAAUCAAAGUGUGUUAUAAAAAGUGUACAGCAAUACGUUGCAAUAAUAUUAAGCUCGAUUAUUAAAGAAACCUUAAGCUGUUUAAUAAUCUCAUGAUGAAAAUUGCAUUAGAAAUCCAUUCACAAUUAAAACUCAAGCAGAUAUUUUGAGUGAAAACAGCACAGAAUUUAAUUCAUUAACAACUCGAUCGUCUUAGCCUGUGGUUAAGACUGACAAUGUUAUUCACUCUUAUGGGUAAUUACCAUCACUUCAUAUCCCAUAAAAUACUCCUUUACAAAUGGUUUUUGACACACUAAGCACACUUCCUAGAGUAAAUAAGGAUAACCUAGUUUUAUCUUUAAUGUAUUAAUAAGCUUUCAAAUCAGAGAAUCCAGAAAAGAAAGCCAAAUAGAUUUAAAAGGUCAUUUAGGCAUCCUAUAGGAAUGUUUAAAAGUAAUAUGAAUCUAAAAUUCUUCCUACAAAUGAAGUCAAUAAUACUAGUAACAAUUAAUCGAUUGACAGACGUAGAUUGAAAUUCAAAUCAAGUGGAUCUUAUGAUCUUAAUUCAACCAGAAGCAAUUAUGUGAGUUUUGUACAAUAAAAGUAAUUAUGUUAAUAAAUCAAUUGA